GUGAGCUGAACUUGGCAUUAAAGAGCAAGUUCAUUACUUGGAACAGCAAGAAUUGACCCUAACAUGUGCUGCUCCUGGAUGAAGCAAGCAGCUAUCCAUUGCAAUCUGAAUCCAAAUGGUAUUGAUCACCCUGUCCCCACAGAAGGUAUUAAUCUGCAACUUGAAGGUGAAGGAGUUGAAUCGCCCUCUGUUAAGAACACUAGUACUCCAAAAGGGCCAGAGUCAAAAGAGACACCCAAGAGACAACAAGUGGAGCCAGAAAUAUCCAAGUCCGGGACUGUGAAGCUGACCAAGCCUGUGGCGUUAUGGACCCAGCAAGACGUCUGCAAAUGGCUGAAGAAACAUUGCCCUAAUCAGUAUCAAAUCUACAGUGAGUCAUUCAAACAGCAUGACAUAACUGGCCGUGCUUUGCUGAGACUUACUGACAAAAAGCUUGAACGAAUGGGCAUUGCCCAGGAAAGCCUGCGACAGCACAUUCUGCAGCAAGUCCUUCAGCUGAAGGUGAGAGAAGAAGUCAGAAACCUCCAGCUGCUUACACAAGAUCUCUACUUAAACCUGGAGCAUGGUUUUUUGAGGGUCAUAGAAAAGCAGCCAGCCCUUGCAGCCCAUCAAGCCCCGGCAGAGAGCUCCCCAUAAACAUUUCCAGCCUCUAAAGCUGCUGUCCUGCCACUUGAUAUGAAAGUGAACUUUCCUUCAUGAAAAAACACCAUAAUAAAUGGCACUGCCAGAAGGUGACCAUGGAGGACUGAAGAAAAACUUGAAGUAAAAUCAGCCCACUCAAGAUGAUGCAGUCUGGGAAGACCUGGUUUGCUGUGGAGUGAAAACGUGGUGCAUAAUAUCCAGUGCUAAUUUGUUGGAAAUGGUCAUUGACAGACCUUUAGCUGGAAAAUUUCUUCCAGUUUUCAUCACUGUGCAUAACUUUUGAGUUCCCUUUAGGGGACUGUCUAUGCCCUUCACUAGAAGUCCUGUUUUAGCAUGGCAACUACUGGAUUCUUUUAUUAUGUAUGCAGAUGGCAUGAUGUUUUAGGAAAAUCUUACAGCAAUUCUCCAAUCUCAGUGGAUAUGUUCACAAUAUUACACCCCUAUAGGAAUGUAAACGUCUUGUAUAUGUUAGUUUUGCAGUCUAAUGGUAUUUUGUUAAACAAUAUCAGCACUUCAUAUGUGCUUUCUGCACAGAACUAGCACAGCCCAUAUAUAUAUAUAAUGGUCUUUUUUUAAAAUACUGAGGAUACGUUUCAGUAUUUGUGCUGAGACUGCAUCCAAACUGAAGUCCACUCCUAGCAUACCUUCACCGAUUCACAGUAGAUUGUGUAGAUAGAUUUGCACGUGGCAGAGGUGUGACUUCUUUUAUCGAGUCUUAGAGAACAGCUGUCACAGAGGCAGCCAAGAGCAGGGUAGGUUGAACGAGCUGUAGGACGCUGUGUCUGCUCUCCCUCUCAUCCGCCAAAUGUCAAUGGGUCUCGUGUCUGGUGUGCCAAUGCGUUUUCUUACUCGGCGAGGGAGAGAGAGCGCCUUUCUCAGAGAUGUCUGUGACCCUGGGUUUGGUCUAUGAUAAAACCAGAAUAAACUGGAAGAAUUCACGUUCUUUAUGCUGGCCACCAGUUGUGUUUUGGGCAAGACUGGGGAAUCAUAGCCCAAACCAAACUCUCUGAAUAAGGUAAAGUGUAAGACUACGCUUCUAAGGAGCAAGAUACUCCCUUCAGAGAGGGCAGACUUCUUCAUUAACUUUUUCCACUUUCUAUCCAAAACGGUGUUUUGGUAGGAACUGGGAAUAAGCAAAUGGUUCCAAUAAGCCUUUCAAUAUACUGUAGCAGGCUCAAGACUGUUGCAUUCAAUCUGAGCGUUUGUUUUUGUUCAGUCUCUGAAUGGCUGGCCUCAUCACUGGCUGUAUCACAGCUGGCUGUGGUACUGUUUCUUCCAUGGGGACUCAGUGGAAUUAGCGCCUGUCCCUGACAUCAGGACCUUCUUGACACACUCUUUAUGAUGAACUGAUGCCAUCAACAUACUGAGGGGACUUAAGUAUUUGUUCCUUCUUUCUUUAAUAUCAAAGGUAGCUUUUUUUCUAUUUAAAGACCAUCACUCUCUCCAGUCUGAUAGACAGGUACUGUAGGGUCGCUGCUAGCAUGUAUGCCAAACUGGGGGUGGGAUGCCAAACUGGUGUGAAGAUGCAGCAAUGGAGAGAAGGUACAGCUACAUCAAGUCAAAGGGACCUUUUUAGAGCAAGCUCCUGUGUUAUAAUUCUUAAGAACUAUUGUACAGUUCAUUGCUAGAGGAUGGAAGGUCAACCACUGAGAGUGCCCGUACAACAGACAGAUAAGUAACUUUAGGGCUUAAUUUUUUUCAGAUGGGUGUGGGUUUAAGUUUCAGCUCUCCACCCAUAUCAGAUAAGGCAUGUUGGAUACUUCUAUAGUAUUCAGUCCAAAAGCAAGUUAUUUUUAUUGAUGACCAAGAUUUUCAGAAGUCGCCAGUGAUUUCUGAUGGUUUGGGUCAUUCCAUGGGUUCUCAAAUGGAGCUCCCAAGAAUUACAAAGCAGUAAGCUUCUACAUUCUCUUUCUGAAAAUCCUGGUCCCUAAUUUUAAAUUAAUUGGUGUAAAAAUUCUCCUUCAGACAUAAGAAUCUUUGCCAAUGGCAACACUUGCACUUUUUAGAGCUUUUCAUAGGGUUGCAGGUUGGAAUCUGAUACCAAGAGACCCAGCCGUGUGCAUGGCACAGGUCCACUGUAAGCUUCAGCAAAUUUUACAGCUCUUUCUGCUACAGGUUUUAAAAAUGCGUUCUGGCAAGUGACAUCAAUUUCAUGUUGGUACAGCAAUUAAAAAAAAAAAAACAACACUUUGAUAGAAGUUAUUUCAAAAGGAAGGAGAAUGCUAUACUUCUGCAGUAGGGAUUCUCUUAUUUUACUACCCAGUGAAAAAAUCCAGAAUAAUUUGAACGAUAAAAGAAGAAUUUAUCAGAGAGUGUUAUCUUAAAAGGGUGUACGAGAAGAAGUUGAGUUAGGCAGAGAGCCACUAGAAGCAUUUUUUGUAUCAAUGUUAGUUUUGAACAUCUUCCAGUAUAUGGGCAUGAAUUUAGAUGUGUGCACUUCUCCUGUUAAAACAGUUUGUUUUAAAAGCUUCCCAGGAUUUUAGCUACGGUGACCUAGAAAAGCAGUGUUAUAGGCCCUGAGAAAUGUGAAAAUCAAGUCCAGACCCUUGUGUAGCCAGACUCGGUGAGAAGUCUGCUGUAGGUGCCUAUCGGACAAAUCUCCAUUGAAGCUGGUGUAGGUCUCCAUCCUACAGCCGGCCUGUGCAUGUGGAUAACUGCAAGCAUAGUUCCCCUGAGCCCCGUGACACUUCUCACGUGUGUAACUGUCUGCCGGAGCCGUAAGGAAAUAACUGUACUUUUUGGCUUGUAUUUAACUAUUCAUCGUGUUUGGAUUUUUUAAUCACUGUUAUUCUCCCAAAGUAGGCCAUGCUUCCUCAGGGAUAUUUAUGAAAUUGUUCUACAUCUCCUGAACAACUAUCUGGAUCCCAGCUUAUUCUUCUGAAAACUUUUUAAUAUAAAUAAACAUGUGGGAGAGAUUUUUGUUAUUA